AUGCAGUUGUCGCGGCUGUUUUCACGUCCGUUGUUCGUGUGGAUCCCGGAGUAUCGAGGAGGCAAAGGUCUGCCGUCGUGCAUCAGCCGAGACUGCAACUGCAAUCCGAAGGUGAAAGACUAUUGCCGUCGUGUGGUGGAAUCUGUGGAGUGCAAGUGCGACCUGGUAUUUGUGAAGUGUAGGUGCGCUGUAACAGGAUCAUAUUUUUCCCAUUGUGAGCUCGGAUUACUUUGCACAAUGGUCCGAUAUGACUUUCACUUUCCAUUUGUUCUGAGCCAAAAGCGAGUGUUCUCGAACUCACUCAUGGAGAUGGUUCAUGACGGUAUUACCGCGCAGGAUGGGUUGCAACGUACCAUGGCCAAUAUGGAGCGUAGGCGCAAACAGCGCUACUACAAGCUUUUGGGUCUGUUUUCCAGUGGUAUCAAGCGAAACCACGAGCGUUGCUUCACCUAUCUGGCCCCCACUCCAAUAUCAGAGGAUCAGUAUGCAGAUCAAAACAAAGUUGUUGACAAUCACACGCUUACGACGGCAUGGCUCCACGCUACAGAGCUGUACGGGUCGCUGUGUGAAAAAGUGAUGAAAGACUGUGUUGUAAGGAGGGUCAUGAGAAUGGAUCACUCUGUCAAGUUCUGCAAGCGGCUAAAGCUGUGGAAGGCCAAGGGGCAACGUGAAUCUCUCAAAGAUGCGAAAAUGCUUUUGCUGUUCCAGAAUGAAAUUGGGCAGAUUAUUGGGCGGCGGCCGACCAGGUCUGAAAACAAGGAAGAAACACGAGCCUUGCUUCAACAUGUGAAGUCGCAGUUUCGUAAAAUGGUCACAGAAGUGAUUGGUAGCGAGGUGGUCACAAAACAGGACCCCUUUCACGUGAUAACUCGCAUCACUGAAAAAAUAAAGGCACCGGUCACCAGCAAACGAAUUUCAAAGGAACUCUCCCGUGCGAUCUAA